UACUGAAGUUCUCGCCGUUUUCAAAAUGGCGGCAGCUCGUUCCGUCAGCUGUUAGCUAGCUAGCUUAGGGUCGGUGACAAAUACAGACAGAAACCAUAAAACCAAAACCACAAUUUAAACGUUUGUUUUGGUUUCUUUUUAGACCAACGGGAUGACAAAGUUAAACUGUGUGAAACUGGAGGGAUUUACGGAAUUCGGUCGAUUGGAACAGAAAAUUACAGAGCUGAAUGGUGCAAAAAACCUUCUGGAGCUCAGGUUGGAGGACUCCAACAGGCUGGUGAAUUUUUACAUAAAUAAGGAGCGGAGCCUAAUAGAUGAGAAGCAGAGCCUCCUGGUGUCGGUGGACCGGCUGCAUCAGACGCUGCAGGAGCAAUGUGACCUCAGAGUGGAAAACGAGAAGCUGAGGAAGGAGGUGGAGAAUCUGAAGGAAGAGAAUGAAAGAACAGCCCAGGCCGGCCGCUCCGACGUCCAGCAGCUGCUCCGCCAGAUGGCAGCAGAUGAGGACGGACACCAGAGGGCGCUAGAGGCCGUCCGACAGCAGAGCAGCAGAGAGGUAGAGGAGGCGCAGAAACAGGCGAAGAGGCAGAUGGAAGCUAAAGACGCUGAUGUUCGGCGGCAGCUGGAGGAGAAACAUCUGGAGCUGGAGGAGAUGAAGAUGAGGAUGAAGGAGCAAGAGAGGGAGCGGCAGAGCGAGCUGCUCAAGAUCCAGAUGGAGUUUGGUGCGAAGUUAGCUCGGGUUCAAAGUUCAGCUCAGAGGAGCCAGCAGCAGCAGCAGCUUCAGGGAUCCAACCUUCUUCCCCAGAGCGUCUUCAAGCGGAAGCUGCAGUUUUUCCAGGAGGAGAAGAAUAAAGAGAUUGCGGCUCUACGUCAGAGAAUCAAGCAGCUGGAGGAGAGCCAGCGCGCCGUUAGCGGCGGCGCCAGCAGCAGCUAUGUGAAGAGGAGGAAGUUCUAGUUUGACUCGUUGUGUUCAGAAAGUUUAAAUUUGUAUUCAGAAAGUUUAAAUUCGUGUUCUGGUUGCCGUUGCUGCAUUUUCUUGGCCUUUUCCUCCAUCUGGAAGCACGUUGAGGCCCACGCUGCCCGGCGUCUCAGGCUCUAAUCCCAUCAGGCUGCAGCAGUGAAUGAAACGCUAAUCUGUUCCUGCAGCUUGAACCUGUUUCCAUUCAGAGAAAUAAAUCAGUUGACUGCUUUCUGUAAAUUCAUUAACUCAGCUUCAAUAUGUCAGAGUUUGGUUUUGGUUUCAUGUUGGAAAGCUGAGAAAGGCUUCCUGAUUAAUACCCUUUAUAUCUGGGAACACUAAGUGCACCCACCUGCAGCAGGAAAAACUUCCUCAGUAUUUAGCGAUAUGAAAACUACUGGAGCAG